AUGGCCACAAAUAAAGUGGUCAUCGAAGGCCAGAAGCUGGAGUCCUGUGGGGCAGCAGGGGAUGGAGACUGCUCUGUUCAAGUCCGGAUAUUACAGGUCCCAGCUAAAUGUGGGCCCAUCUGUGCAGUUCAACCCCCACCGACUGCUGCAAGUACCUCAGAAGGUGACUGUGUCCCACCUAAAGUCAUCCCCAGUCGUCAGGGAUACCAGCCUACCUCAUCCUCUGUAGGUACAGGCCCAGGCUCUCACACUUCCCCUCCUUCCAUCAUGGUGGUUGCAAAGGCAGCCACUCCAGGAGGAAUGAAUCCUAAGGUUGCAACUCCUGGAAGGACUAUGGUUAUAGCUGUGCCCAGAUCAGCAGCUCCACAGCCAGUCGCCCCUCGACCGCAACAGACUGCUUCUGCACAGCUCCCUGCCAAUAUCCAGAUACCACCAGGUAUGAUGCUGAUCCGCAGUGACAGUGGUCAGCUGAUGCUGGUAUCCCAGCAGGCUUUGGCACAGGCUCAACAUGGACCCAGAGUUGUCAGCGGUCAAGCACCAAGAAUACUGGCAACACCGGUGUGUGUACCUGCAGCAGCUGGAGGUAAAAGUAACGAGAAGGUGACAGUGAUCCGGAUGGCAGCACCCUCCGGUUUCCAGCCAGCACCAGUCCAGAAGACAGCUGUGGUGAUUGGUGUUGCUCCCAAACCAUCUGUGGUUCAGACCCUCAGUACUGUGUCUGAUUGGGAGAGUCUUCCUCGCAUUCAGACGGCCAUUACAGAAAUCAAAAAGGAUCCACCAGCCACGUUCAGUCAGGAAACCCUGGAAAGUGUGAAAAAGUGCAAGAACUUCCUGGUAACUCUGAUCAAGCUGGCUUCGAGUGAUUCCAAGUCUGCUAACAUGGCUAACAAUGUCAGAGGACUGGUCAGAAGUCUGCUGGAAGGGAAGCUGGAAGCAGAGGAGUUUACAGAACAGCUCUAUGAUGAGUUGAAGUCGACUCCGCAGCCCUGCUUGGUGCCUUUUCUCAAGAAAAGUCUUCCUGCAGUUCGUUGCCUUACCGCAGACCCCCAGUUAUUUAUCCAACAAGCUUCAGCUUCCACCCGCAACCCCACUCCUCUGUCAUCCACUGUGAAGCCUUCCAGCACUGACACAGGACAAACCCUGAAGACCAACCAGCAGGUAACCAAAUGUUGUUUGCAGGCUCGAGGAGUGACUGUGAGACCUGGGCUGACAACAUUCACCCAGUCAAGACAUUAUGUGUAUAAAAGAGGUGGACCUGUCCCCAAACACACAGUGGUCCAGUCAGGAAGACACUUUGCAGGAGCUUUUUCAUUGAAGCAGACCUUCUCUCAGGAUCCACCUCCUUUUACCAAAUCUGCAUUCAAAGACAGCUUAGGAUCAUACAAAGAAGAUGAUGACAUUAAUGAUGUCGCCUCCAUGGCUGGAGUCAACCUGAGAGAGGAGAACGCACAGAUCCUGACCACCGUGGUCGGCUCUGUGGUGCAGUCAUGCCAGGAUCAGCUGUUCCUCUCACCUCACCCGGUACUCAGCCGGAUCCUUCACACAGGACAGGCACUGGGAGUAACUGAUGUGGGUCCAGAGGUGGUAGCUCUGGUUUCUCAUGCCACUCAGGAGUGUCUUCGUGGGCUGCUGGAGAAACUCACUGUGAUUGCUGAACACCGCAAGGCUGCCCUGAAGGAGGACCAGUGGCAUGCUAAAGCCAGUGAUGUGCGCUCUCAGCUUCGCUUCCUGGAAGAAAUUGAGAGUUUGAAGAAGAAGAGAAAAGAUGAAGAGGAAAGAGAGCGACUGCUACGUUUGGCCAGAAGUCGCUCACACACAGAGGAUCCACAGCAACAGCAGCUCAGGCAAAAAGCCAAAGAGCUACAGCAAAUAGAAGAAGCUCAGCUGCAGCAAAGAGAAGCCAACCUCCACGCACUGGCUGCCAUCGGGCCUCGCAAGAAGAGACCCCUGGAUCAGACCGAAGGCCAGGUGUCUCUGCUGCCCAGACAAGGCAUCCACAGAGUGACUCGGGUGAUGCUGAAGGACCUGCUGGCUUGUAUGGAGCAGGAGCACUUCCUUCGUCAUUCUCUCACUCUCUACAAAGCGAUGCUGUGA